AUGGCACUGGCCAAUUCAGCCGAGGGCUGGUUCGCCUGGUGCAUGACCUGGUUUGACCAGUCUGUGCCGGGAGAGCCAGAGGCGCCAGCAGCGGCUGAGGAACCCAGUACCAUGCAGAAGGACUUCGAGCAGGAAGCGGCUACUCCGGAGGCAGCGAGCACGCCGGAAGCAGCUUUGCCUGCCAAGGAAGAGGUGUUUGCUGCUGGCGACAUUGUCGUCAUCGAAGGGCUACUGCGGCAUCCUCAAUUCAACGGCGUCUCCGGGACCAUCCUGCUGGAAGAUACGGUCACGGGCCGCUACCAGGUGCAGCUUCUCGGUUCGGAAGAAGUUGCUCAAGUUCGGAGCCACAACCUUCGAUUGUUUGACCAGUCUGUGCUGGGAGAGCCAAAGGCAGCGAGCACGCCGGAAGCAGCUUUGCCUGCCAAGGAAGAGGUGUUUGCUGCUGGCGACAUUGUCGUCAUCGAAGGGCUACUGCGGCAUCCUCAAUUCAACGGCGUCUCCGGGACCAUCCUGCUGGAAGAUACGGUCACGGGCCGCUACCAGGUGCAGCUUCUCGGUUCGGAAGAAGUUGCUCAAGUUCGGAGCCACAACCUUCGAUUGCUGGUGCCGAACACCUUCGGUGAUCACGACGAGUGGCGGAAGCUGGAUGAGGAUGCUGCGGUGAAGGAUGAGUGGUGGCGGAAUUUCAUCCAGGGUGUUCAUGAACUUAUGGGAGAGAUAGAAGAGAUGAAGGCUCGUCGCCUGCAGGCUGCCAUGAAGCUGCCAAAGGGUGUCGGGUGGCCGGAAGACGACCGGGCCCGGAGCGUGGCCGAAGUUCUGUUCGAGAGCAUGUGGAAGUCCCAGACUCAGACGAAGCCACUCUCCGACCGCCGGCAGGUGUAUAUGGAAGCGUGCCGGAAGUGGCAUCCAGACAAGAACCUGAAGAACCAGGAGACCGCCACGCAGAUUUUCCAGUUCCUGCAGAUGGUGAAAGACUGGUAUCUCGAGGGUGGCAGAAUGGUGGAUGCAAAGCGUAAGCUGUAG